AUGACCGAUUUCAAGACCGACGACUCCAAGGCUCCGUCCUACACCGUCGAUUCAGUCGACUUGGAUGAUGCCGAGAAACAAGAGCUAAAACAUACCAGCCCGAUGGUGGAUUGCCUAACCCACGGGCCCAGCCAAGUCCCGCUUCUGGAUUCCGAAUUGCAGAAACCACAGGCAAAAGAUAUAAUACGCGCACUAGCCACAGCAUUGAAUGAUAUUGCCGAUGAGAAGAAGUGCACCAAGUGCACGGUGGAAAAUAUCUCGACUCUGAUCACAGGCCACGUCCGGGAUCUCAGAGCGGCGAAGCGGAGUGGAAUGUGGUCUAAAGAAGACAAGAAGGCUCUCAAAGUGGAGAUUAAAGGUCUUCUCAAGCCAGUCAAGAAGGAUGUGAAGAGCUUGUGGAAAGCGAAUUACUGA